AUGAACCCAUCAAAUUUUGGUAAUUUAAAUUCUGGGUUUUCAAAUACAACCCAAAUUAGUAACCAGAAUUCAAACUUUUGCUCUCGAUCAUCGUCAUCGUCAACCAAAGGUGGUCUUUCGAGGCCAAGAUUGGUAAAAGUUAGGAGGCAAUCAAAUCCUCAGUAUUUUAAAUCUAAUGAAGAAACCUGGUUUGGGCCCGGUUUCAAUCCAUUUCGACUCGAUACGACUCGGACUGAACAGGGCGGUUCUGUUUCAACUGAGUUUGGUUCUGGGAUUGGUGGUGAUGAGGCGUUUGUGUUUGGAGCUAAUCGAAGUAAUGUGGGUUUUAAUUCGAAUUCGGGUGAGGGAAUUAUAGAGGAAUUGAAAGGAUUGAGAAUUGGAGGUGGAACUAAUGUAAAGAUGAAUGAUAAAAGUGGUUUUGUUUUUCCAAGUGACGUUAAUAAGAGUUGUGGUGUUGAUGAGAGCACGCAGAAGUUGAGCAUUGAUGACAAGGAGAAAGUUGUAGAUGGAAAGUCUAAGUUAAGAGCAAAUGCUGGGUUUGAGGGUGGUGACAAUGUAGGUAGUUCUAUUGGGAGAAAUUUGGAGUCAGUGCUACCAGAUGAGUUGGAGAAAAAAUUGAAUAUUGAAGAGGUUGGAGAUGCCAGUGCCACUGAUGGUGGUGGUAGUUUUCGAGCCGAUGAUAUCAAAAAUUUUGGAUUUAAAUGUAGUGAAAAGGGUAGUGAUAUGUUUGCUGCUGCUUCAGAGAAUGCACGUCCUGAUCGGAUCAAGAAUCCGAACAUAAAGGACUCUGCAGAUACUAAUGAUGUUAAUAAGAAGACCAAUGAGAAGGAUAGUUUUGGUUUUGGAAGCAGGGAAAGCACUGGCGGUUAUGUUGGUGGAGAAAAUGAGAGUACACUUUCAGGUGAGAUGUGGUGCAAGUUGAACAUCAGAAGCAUGAAAGGAGAAUCUUCUGGUCAAACUGACAUGGGAUUUUCUUCUUCUCGAAUCUUCAGAAAGGAUAUGCCAACUGUAAAUAAGGGUUAUAAGAAAUUCCACGAUUGUAGUGAUCCCAGAGAAUUUGUAUGUGAGGGAGGAAUGCAGGGUAAAGAUGCAAGUGGUAUUCAAAUACCUAUAGAUCAACCAAAAGUUCAUAUGCAACCAAUUGGAGUUGCAGAACCAUCGCAUGCCUUCUCAUCCAGUAGCUUGGCUGGUGGGAAUGCUUUCAGGGUGCCACCUACUGGUGGACUUGAGAAAACAGAUGGGUUUAGUUUUACAACCAAGCAAGACAGUGCUGGGUCGCCAUUUGUAGAAUUUAAAACACCAAAUCCCAAAGGAAAUCUUUUCACUGCCUUAAAUCCAAAAAUGGAAUCCAGUAGGAAGUUUAAAGACUCGAAAGUAAAGAAGAAAAGGGGAAAGUUGAAGCAGCCUAUCAAAGUCCCUCUGUGGCCAGGUCAAGAUUUUGUUACUAGGGAAGGUGGUUCCCAAGAGAUUCCAGAGGCUUCCGAAUCUUAUUCACCAAUGGAUAUUUCACCAUAUCAAGAAACACUGUCUGAUGCUCAAAAUUCCAGGGAAACUUCUGUUGCAUCGGAGGAGUCUUUCACUCUAGAUAAUCAACAUGCACCAACUGAUUUACAACCAAAUGUUCUGAAUGAUGCAAUAGAUGAAGAACUGGUUGUUGCAACACAGCAAAUGGAUAUAAAUGAAGAGGAUGUGAAGUACGGUGAAACUAAACAGGAAAACUCUGAAUACUGUUUUGAUAAAUGUAUUGGAGCUGAAAAUCAUCUGGAAGAGUCUAUUUCUGGGACUGAAACUGAAAGCUUUAAAUCUGCGAAUGAGGAAAUAGAUUCUAUCAAUGAUGUUAUGGUUACUUCAGCAGAAAGCGAGGCCAGUUCAAGUACAAAUGUAGAUAGUGACCUCAGGACUCAAUUUUUUUCAGCUGUGAGUUCAGAAGAUACUGUCAGUUCAGGCUUCACCUUUGCAGCCUCUUCUUCUGCACAAGCAUCUCCAAAACGUCAUCAUAAAAAGAAGAAUCUGGCUAAAGUUGAUAAUGAUUCCUUUAGUUCCAGUGCUAAUUCCAAAGGUUCAUAUGCAUCAUCUUCUUUGCAAUUUACACCCUUUUCUGGACCUUCUUCACCCUUGUCCCCCGUACGGAGCAAGAAAGUCGGCCUAUCUGCUCCUCCACAUGGGGUUGGGGAUAAUGGUGAGCUGCUUAGAGGACAGGAGAUUAAUCAAGGGUCUGUUUCUGCAUCUGCUACAGCUCAAGAAGCAUGUGAGAAGUGGCGACUAAGGGGAAACCAAGCGUAUACAAGUGGGGAUUUGUCUAAAGCUGAGGAUUGUUACACACAAGGUGUAAAUUGUGUUUCUAAAAGCGAGACAUCUAGAAGCUGUCUCAGGGCAUUGAUGUUGUGCUAUAGCAACCGUGCAGCUGCCCGCAUGUCUCUUGGAAGAAUGAGAGAUGCACUAGGAGACUGUAAAAUGGCUGCUGCAAUUGAUCCCAAUUUUCUCAGAGUGCAAGUCAGAGCUGCAAAUUGUUACCUUGCUCUUGGAGAAGUUGAAGAUGCAGUGCAAUAUUUCAAGAGGUGCUUGCAGUUAGGCAUUGAUGUCUGUGUGGACCGAAAAGUUUCUGUAGAAGCCUCUGAUGGACUGCAAAGGGCACAGAAAGUUUCUGAGUGCAUGCAACAUUCUGCUGAACUUCUGAAACGGGGAGCACCUAAUGAUGCAGAGAGUGCUUUACAAGUAAUUGCUGAGGGUUUGUUGAUAAGUUCGUUCUCUGAAAAAUUACUUGAAAUGAAAGCAGAGUCGCUUUUCAUGCUGCGGAAGUAUGAAGAGGUUAUCCAACUGUGUGAGCAUACAUUAGAUGCUGCCAAGAAGAAUGCUCCUCCAUUACAUGCCGAUUACCAUGUAGAAAAUCUUGGUCCUGAACUCACAAAGGGCACUUCCUUUAUGAUCUGGCGUGGCCGCCUCAUUUUCAAAUCUUACUUCCAUCUUGGAAGGCUGGAGGAGGCUAUUGCUUCACUAGAGAAGCAAGACGAACUUACUUUUAUUGCAACGAGGAAUGAUUUUGAAACUCAGGAAUCACUAGUACCCUUAGCUGCCGCUGUACGAGAACUCUUACGCCAUAAGGCUGCAGGGAAUCAAGCAUUUCAAGCAGGAAAAUAUUCAGAAGCUAUUGAACAUUACAGUGCUGCUCUGUCACGUAACGUAGAAUCACGGCCUUUUGCAGCCAUUUGUUUUUGCAAUAGAGCUGCUGCAUACAAAGCAAUGGGCCAAAUCACUGAUGCUAUAGCAGAUUGCAGCCUAGCAAUAGCUCUUGAUGGAAACUAUUUGAAGAUCAUUUAUGAUGUUGUUAAUCUGAAGAAGAUUGCUGGCUUUGAGUCAAGGUUUAUGAUAUACAGUUUACUGGAUCACCAAAUUGACAUCUGCACUUUUGCUCUUCCUUGGGUGCACAAUCCAGCAAUCUCUAGACGAGCCACUUUAUAUGAGAUGAUUAGGGAUUAUGGACAAGCAACUAAUGAUCUUCAGAGGCUGGUAGAUGUUCUUACUAAACAAGUAGAGGAGAAAACUAAACAGUUCGGGCAGUUUGAUAGAACAACAAACUUGGCAAAUGAUCUAAGACAAGCUCGGCUGCGCCUUUCUACCAUAGAAGAAGAAGCCAGAAAGGAGAUUCCUCCGAACAUGUACCUCAUUCUGGGAAUUGAACCUUCUGCUUCAGCAUCAGAAGUUAAGAAGGCAUAUCGCAAAGCUGCACUUAGACACCAUCCUGACAAGGCUGGUCAGUCCUUGGCUAGAAGUGAUAAUGGAGAUGAUGGCCUGUGGAAGGAGAUAGGUGAAGAAGUCCACAAGGAUGCUGACAGACUUUUUAAAAUGAUUGGAGAGGCAUAUGCCAUGCUUUCAGACCCUUCUAAGCGCUCACAGUAUGAUCUUGAAGAAGCGAUGAGGAAUGACCCGAAGAAGCGAAGCGGAAGCAGCACAUACAGAACACGUACAGAUGCUCAGAAUUAUCCAUUUGAAAGAAGCAGUAGUAGGAGACAAUGGAAGGAGGCUUGGAGGUCAUAUGGUCAGUAA